CUUGAAAUCUGUUGCUUCAUGAUUGUUACACACAUAUGGAUAGGUCUAUUUGAUUUCCAAGUCUUUUCUAAUGUUUCGCAAUUUUCGUCUAAAAGUAGCCCUUCGAUUAAAAUCGAAUUUAUCUUUACCUAAUUAUCCUGUAUUAUAGUAAAAAUUUGUAAGUCAUUUUAUUCAGUGCAAGUAUUCGUUUGGUACCGAAACACUGUUAUACUCGURACAAUUGCUUUACCAUGUUCCCUCUGUGUCUUAGCUUCAUGUUGUAACCUUUUAGGACAUAAUAUUUUUUCUCUCCACUGGGCUGAACAUCUAAAAAAGGAAGCGAUAACGGAAAACUUCGCACCCUUGAUAAGAUUAAGAAAAGUUUUGGUUUCGAAAAUUAUUUAGAUAAAAUCGUUAAUGUUAAAUGUCAAGCAGUCACAAAGUUAAGGAUUUCAGCGCAUAGGUUACCUGUUGAAUCAGGUCGUUACUCUAACAUAGCCUAUUGCGAUCGGACAUGUAACCUAUGUGAUUCAUCUGAUGUUGGUGAUGAAUUUCAUUAUAUUUUAAAUUGUAAUCAUGAUAAAUUUGUAAAUUUAAGAAAAAACGUUUUUGAUGUUUUAAGUAUUUCUUGCCCACAUUUGUGUAAAUUUAAAAAUGUUGAGCUAUUUCUAUAUAKAUCUACUUCGUAUGCAUGACGAAUCUACUAUAAAUUCAUGUGCUAAAUAUUGUUAUGAUUUUUUACAACUGUAUAAUGAACAUUAGUGUUGUUUCAUUUUUGUACACUUGAAACUUACACAUUGUAAUCUAUAUCAUUUUUGAUAAUUUUAUUAUUUAGUUAAUUAUUGUUUGUAAUAUUUUUAAUUGUUUAUUGAUACUUUGUAUCCUAUGUAUCAAUUGGUAUAGAAAGGAUUAAAGUUAAUAUUAUUAUUAUUAUUAUAAUUAAUAAGGGGGGUAUUAGCUUGUUUUUUGAAGGUAUGGUUUUUAAAUAAAAUUGUCAACCAUUUGAAUCGGUAUGUUUUUUCCCAAGACGCGAGAGCAAGUAUCCACGGUCUUAAGUAUGUAAUUACUGUUGGUAACAAUGACGACAUUUUAGCCCGCACAUAUUUAUUAAACUGUAUAUGAUUAUUUGUUGUCCAUUAUAUCGUAAUUUUUCAUCAUUUGAUGUUUCAUUGUUUGCUUAACCCAAUCCUGGUGUGCRAUCUAGCUUAGGCAAUCUUAAUCGGAAAAGUCUGAACGUGUCCCAGUCUCGCUUUUACUUUAGCAGCUUGUCAGUACCUGAGAGUUCGUAAAACGGUCGCUAAUGCAUGUGUUCCAUUGUAACUAAUGCUUUCGCUCUGAUGGUUGUUUACAAUAAAUGACCCGCUUUUCUAACAACCGUAACGGCUCUAGUCUCAGUGGAUAGGUUCUGUAGUCUAAAAUAGAACUAUAUGAUWAUACAGGAAGAAGUGAUAACCUAAGUUUGUGGUUAGUGACUAAACGGAAAUGACAUCUUGGAAAUCAUGGUUUUGSAUUGCACUGGUGGCAAGUCAGUUAUCAACAAGUCAAACUGWUGUUGUUGGUAAACCAAAAUAUUGAUAUUAAGGUAUAAAACAAUCAUCAUACUYAGUCUUAUGUUGCAUUUCAAUAGAUGACUCUCAKGUUGACGACGAUAAUGUUCUUCAAAUUCCAUCCGUAAAACACCUCAUGAAUGGUUUCAUKAAAAAACCWAAGUCAAGCGAAGAGCAUUUGAACGACCCAACAUGUCCACAUGAAMAAACAGGAGAUUUCAAAUUGAAAGAGAAUAAAGGUCAAGGAAGGUACUCUGUSUCCAAAAAAGAAGUUUUWCUCAAUAUCAAAAUGAAGUUGAGAAAGCCAUGUAUUAUUACAAGGACAAGUACACGUCCUUCAAAGGCACCACCAACAACCACAUCGACAACAGUACUGUCCACAGCUACAACAAUACCAACAACACAAAGUUCAACAACAGCACGGCCGACAACCUCCUCAACAAUACCAACAACAGCACCAUCAACAUCACUCCCAAGAUCAGCAACAACAGUCAUAACCUCCGGAACUAACGUUAAACCAACAAAUAUCAACACCAACUCUCAAGAAUGUGAAGAUCUGCCUGUUAACAAGGAAGGACUUGUAUCACACAAUAAUUACAGAGUGAUUCACGAUGCUCCCAGAAUGAGACUAAAUUGUGAUAUUAGCAAGCAAGCAGCUGAAUAUGCACAGAUAUUGGCUGAUCUUGGCUCAUUGGUCCAGUCGGGAUACAGUCAAAGACCAUAUCAAGGAGAGAAUCUGGCCAUGAACUGCACUAACAGCAGCAAUGCUGGAGAAGUUGCGAAAGAAGCUGUCAAAAACUGGUACAAUGAAGUCUGCCAUUACAAUUUCRACGCAGAAGGACCACAAAAAGCCACAGACCACUUUACACAGGUAGUUUGGAAGGCAAGCACCGAAGUGGGCUUAGGGUCUGCUAAUAAGCAAAUGAACGGGGUGUUAUGCACAUACCUWGUCGCACGAUACAAACCACAAGGAAACUUUGAUGAUGGAAGUGUUGGAUACAAAGACAAUGUUGCCAGGGGCUCAUUUGAUGAGAGUUAUUGUAAUAAUGUUAAAGAUGGUGCUGGMCUUGAUGGUGGUUUCGGUUUAAAGAGAACUAAACCUCCACCUGUAUCGCCUCUGUGCGUCUCUAAUGAACUGGAAAUUAACGGGGCYGCACCAAUCCAACCACCUGCAUUUCUCAAACCCUUGGUUAUGACUUAKUUGUAUGUUAUCAUCAGUUGGAGUUUCAGAACAAUUGUCAACAUGUCAAGGGCUUUCUUUAUAGUUUUAUCAGCUAUCACUUUAUGUGGAACCAGCCACAUAAAUGGAAGAGAACAAAGCAAACUUCGGAACAUUUUCUAUUCCGGUCAUAAAAGAGCAACGGUCAGUGAAAGGCUGCAAGAUCAAUGUGCCAAAACUGGAAGCUUCAAAAUUGAAGAUGGACCUGUGAUAGGUGGAGGGAUAUACGAAAUUGGGGAUGAUGGUAUCGAUAUAGAUUUGAAACUAAAAAUAAAACCGUGUGGAAAGCCUGCCAGUCCGACUGGGCCAUCCCCCUCUGCCACCCCACCUCCCUCAACAAGUGGAUCUGAAACCACGUCAGCCCCAGAACAAGGAGAAACCACGCCAGCCCCAGAACAAGGAGAAACCACGCCAGCCCCACAAGGAUCAACAAUACCAUCUUCAAAUAACCAAGUUACUGACGUCGAACAAGAGAGUUUAGCUUUACAUAACAAGUUUCGAGAGAUUCAUUUAGCACCUCCAUUGACACUAAACGCAGAAUUGUCAAAGUCCGCUGCUGAUUAUGCAGCUAAAUUGGCAAACCUGGGAACACUUCAGCACGCGACAAAAAGCGAGAGAGAUGAUGCAGGGGAAAACUUGUCCUAUGGCUGUUCUUCUUCUAAAGGACAAACAGCGGAAGAAGCAGUCACGAACUGGUAUAACGAGGUAUGCGAUCCAGGAUAUACAUUUAAUGCGGAGAGUUCUGGCGGCGGUACUGGACACUUCACACAGCUUGUUUGGAAGGGUAGCGCAGAGCUUGGUUUUGGAAAAGCCGAAGCCGAAAAAAAUGGUAUGAAAUGUACUUACUACGUCGCAAGAUACAAGCCGGCUGGGAACAUGGUUGGGAGCUACAAUCAAAACGUUAUUAAAGGUAGCUUUGAUCGAAGCUACUGCAGCACCAUCCAGAAACGCAAUCCAAGCGCUAGCAAGGGCAUCGACAGUAUAGAAAAGAUCCAGUUUGAAAACUUAAUCAAAAUGCCAAAGCUUAGUGCAAGUGGUAUAUAUUUCUUUCUAUUUCUCCUACAAACAGUGGGAGCGAAAACCAAGAAAACUGUAKUUAGUAGUACCCCAAAUGAAAAACAACGUCAACUGAAAACACUUUAUAAUCCUUACAGACGAACACUAACACCGUUUUUCAAACGUCGCGUUCUUCCAUAUUCCCUGUUGUUGACUAAUCAUYUACCAUGGCCAGGCCAACCCACAUAUAACMGAUUCAUCAAUGCAGACAAAUCAAUAUCAUUUAGACCUGACCAACCAUUGAAAUAUAAGCCAGAUCUCCCCAUAAUGUAUAGACCUAUCGAAUCAAUGCAGGCAUACAAGACAAAUGUAACGGCGGGAUUGAAAAAUGACCAGAUGACGAAGUCCAGGAAAGACAUCCCAUUAUAUCAUGAUAGUUGCGAUAGCUCAGUCAGAAAACGAGGCAGUUUCAAGAUCAGUGAUGGUCUAGUGCAAGGAUUUGGUACAUAUGAAAUUGAUGGAGAUGAGGUCAAUAUCGACUUAAACAUCAAGAUAUCAACUGAAGAUUGUAAACUAAGGCCUACUUCAGCACCCAGGGGUGCUGAGACAUCAGCGCCAUCUGAAACUACCCCAGUCCCUGAAGGUGGUGGAGAAACUACAACUACACCGUCAGAGACUUCCCCAGCCCCUGAAGGUGGUGGAGAAACUACAACUACACCGUCAGAGACUUCCCCAGCCCCUGAAGGUGGUGGAGAAACAACAUCAACACCACCACCAGAGACUAGGCCGACAGCUUCAACGGCGUCAGAGACAACGCCAGCCGCGGAGAGUGGUGGAGAGACAACAUCAGCGCCAGGAGAAACUACAACAGCUCCUGUAGAUGUUUCAGGUUUUAUGGAAGAAGCUCUCAAAGCUCACAAUGACUAUCGUGCACGUCACGAAGCCCCACCAAUGACUCUCAAUCAAGAGAUGAGUGCAUCGGCAGCUGAAUGGGCAAAGUACCUGGGAGAAAAUGAUUUGUUCGAUCAUUCAUCUUCUGAAGACAGAGACAAUCAAGGAGAAAAUAUCGCCGCUUGGUGCGAUUCAACAGGCGAAACAGCAACACAUGUGACUAAGCGAUGGUACGACGAAGUCUGUGAGUCUAACUACGAUUUCAACAGCAACGAGAUGAAUUGGUCAGCGGGUCAUUUUACUCAAGUUGUGUGGAUAGCAUCAACUGAGCUUGGUAUUGGCUACUACGACAAGAUAGGUGAGGGUGGCAGUGUUUGUAGGACGAUCGUUGCAAGGUAUAACCCAGCCGGUAAUGGAGGUGGUACUUUCCUAGAGAACGUCAAGCAGGGCUCAUUUGAUAAAAACACACAUUGUACUAACAUGUCUUCAAGAAGAUUUUAUCCUCAGUAUCAACCCUAUCGACCGCCAUGGCCUGUACCCUAUCAAACUCCACAGUACCAGCCUCAGCCCAAGCCUAUUAUUCCUGAAAGACCUCCUAUUCCCGGGUCUCCUCAGUGGAAAAAAAUGGAAUUCAUAAAAAGAUACCAAGCGUCUCAGAGAAGUAGAACGAGUGAAGUAAAGUUUGGACCGAGAUCCAAAGCAAAAAUAUCAUUUGAAAAGAUAGCGCUUCUUCAUCAUAAUGUGCACCGUCGAUUACACCAAGUUAGAGAAUUGACCCUUGACCACAAGAUGAGCGAAAAAGCGGCUCGUUACGCCUACAAACUUGCUGAAGAAAUGCGCAUUGCUCACUCUCCUUGGAAAGACCAUCAAUGGCAAAGUGAAAAUAUUGCAGCAGGAUGUAAAGUAUCAGGACCAGGAUUGUCCGCAUUCGAGGCGGUUAAGUACUGGUACCAAACCGUCUGUAAUCACAAUUGGUAUUCACCACAACCCAAUGAAAAAUCAAGACCAUUUACUAAUAUGAUUUGGAAAUCUUCUAAAAAAUUUGGCAUAGGAUACGCCUCAUUCAGAACCAAAGAUAAAUUUAACUGUACUGUUGUUGUUGCUCGGUAUUCGCCAGAGGGAAGCAAAGGCAAAGAAGAGGACUAUAAAUCUAAUGUUAUUCAAGGGUUAUUUGUACCAGCAAGCUGUCAAUAUGUCAAUGACCGUGACAAGCCGGAGUUUGUACAACCAGCAAUACAGAAUUGCAAACCAUCCAAAGAUUUUCACGGUCAAAUGCAACAGCAACUCAAAGAAAGGCAGAUCAUGUGGAAUACGUCUUUGUAUUGGGUCUUCUGCAUCGCUGUACUAGUUAAAGCAGUUUUCUCUGGUCGAACAGGCAAGUUCCGGCUAGCAGAUGACGGAGUCAAGGGGGAAGGAACGUACACCCUAAACAAUCAAAGCGCAGAUAUUAAUCUGCACUUAAUAAUUGGUAAUAUACUGAGAGCACCUAUGGUACAAGCAAUGAAUGUACCCAUGCUCAAACCGGAAAGUAUCAAAGACACAGCUAAUCGGACUAAAUCUGUAAAGGCUGUUAAUAGAGUAACCGCAGACCAUAAUCAAACAAAAGUGGAAAACAUGGAACAACAGGUGAAAAAGCCAACAAUGAUCAUAAAACAACAAAGACUUAGUGAUAAAGACCUAGCAUUUGCUUUGGAUGGCCUUGCAGAACACAACAGGUUUCGUAAAGUCCACGGUUCUUUUCCACUUAAACUCGACCGUCAAAUGAGUAUAGAAGCCCAGGAUUUCGCCCAACAGUUGGCUAAGCUGGGAACUCUAAAGCACUCUGCACGGGACAGUCGUCCUGGUCAGGGUGAAAACCUGGCAAUGGGCUGCUCCAGUGGGGAUUCCACCAUGCCAGCAGCAGCAGCAACUAAGAAAUGGUACGACGAGGUCUGCAACUAUGAUUUUAACAACAGUACAUUUCAAAAGCCUUGUGGUCAUUUCAGUCAAAUUGUUUGGAAAUCAACAGGAAGUCUGGGGAUUGGCAAGGCUUUAGGCACAAAGUGGGGUAUGAAUUGUACUUUUAUUGUCGCUCGAUACGGUCCACAAGGUAACAUAGCCAAUUUGAUCAAAGAUAAUGUAGAGAAAGGAUCGUUUGACUUGUCAUAUUGCAAUACGGUUACCCGUACGACACUAGAGAAAAACGACAAUGGACCAGAACAAGAUGACGAGUCUUUCCAAGGUUAUUACCCGGAUUAUGGCUUAAAUGAAGGGUUUUUAAAUGACGAAGGAGAAGGAAUGAAGUCAAUUGGAUUUAGAGAAAAAAUCCCAAGAGUAAAAUCUACUGAUAUCCAAGUAUUGACCCCUAGCAUGCUGUUUGCGAUAGUUAUAGGUGUACUGGCUGCCAUCAGCAGCAGUGCUUCUGCAGGUCUUUUGGGUUUGAAUUCAGGUAAAAUUGGUCUUAGUUUGGACAACCCCAACGAUCCAAACCUUAAGUCAGUUGUUAUCAAAGGCAUUGCUAAGUAUAAACCUGGAGGGUCUGCAAUGAUAUUGAGUCUACUUAUACAGGGUGCACCUGGGAUGAUGCCCGGGGGCACAAAGGUUCCCCAGGUAUCACCCGGGGUAGGGCAACCUUCCGCAACCGCUCCUCCCACCUCUGUAUCGCCGGGACAAUCUACUGUACCUACAUCGGUACCACCUUCUGGACCUACAGGACCUAWCGGAGGAAAUCUUCAGGUAGGAUCAUCUUCAAGACCUACCGAGGGGCCUCCUCCGGUAGAGACUAGUGGAGGACCUUCUACUAUGCCAGGCGGUGGAGCACCAACAAUCCCUAAUCAAGCAAGUUCUACAGGACUUGUGACAACUCCUUCUACUGGGCCAACACAGAAACCGUGGGGUCCAGCAAAUGGUCAAAAUGCCAAAGGCUAUGAGCAAGAAGCAUUGGAUAUCCAUAACAAUUUCCGCAGAACCCAUGGCGCUCCGGUGAUGGUGCUAAACAAGCAAAUGUCACAAAUGGCUCAAGCAUAUGCCCAAAAAAUUGCCGCUCAAGGAAUUUUGAAACAUUCCUCACGACUAGAAAGACAAGGCCAGGGAGAAAAUCUGUCCAUGGGUUGUAAAACAGGUCCUAAUGGAGGCCAAACAGUUACUGAAGCAGUGACUAACUGGUACAACGAAAUAUGCAGUCCUGGGUAUCAAUUUGGAUCAGAGAAUAUAGGAGGUGCUGGUCACUUCACGCAGGUUGUUUGGAAGGGUAGUACACAGCUUGGUAUCGGUAAAGCGGACGGAAUGAAGGGUAAUAUGAAGUGYACAUUUAUUGUUGGUCGUUAUAAGCCAGCCGGAAAUUUUAUUGGUCGAUUUAAAGACAACGUUCUUCCAGGAAAGUUUAAUCGCGAUGCUUACUGCUCUAAAAACAGAAUGCGGGAUUUCAGUCCUCACCAUCCCGUUCCUAAAAUCACAUCCAUUGCUGAAACCGUGAAAAGAAAUCGCCUCAGCGAGAAACGACACAAUGGCACCUUUCCUUUGAAGACAAGAAACAGUGAUUGACAAGUAUGGGAAUUUUUGACUUUACUCUUUUUUAUGUUCUCUGAAAGGUUGAAUUUACAAGGCAGGAUUUGAACAAGCUAUUUUGGUAUUCAAAAGAGUACAUUUUUGUGGUAUUUUUUUUCGGUUAGUAUUUAUAAGGAUUUCAGGACCCCCAGUGGGAAACGUACAAGCGUGACAUAAAGAUGCUUUCUGCGUAUUAGGGGGGUGACUGUCAUAUGACCUGUCAGUACAGAUAUAAUAAAGAUAUUGUAUUGUAA